AAAGGAUAUUUCUCCUGGCUUUUUUGUUUUCUGUCAGCCCCCGUUGGCAAGCAUCUCUACCAUGAGUAGGCAUGGGAACCAGUUAAAGAAAGUGUCGAUUCACUCGCGUAACGCUGAGAACUCUGGCUUUUGUCUGUGCUGAAUGUGUCCGGAAAGGCAAAAAAGAGCAAGAUUCUGCUGUGGAGUUUCUCAUCUCCAUGGUGGUUGGUCCUGACAGCCUGAGAGGGUGAAGUAGGAGAGCACAGAGAAAAGAGCAUGCAAUGUGUCUGCUGUAGUCGUGUUGAAAAUGAAAAGCCCAAAGGGUCUGGCUCUGUAACAAAGGCUUUCACUAAAAAUUUAAAAUAAAAAGAACAAAAUUUAGAAUACACCUAGGAGCUUUAACUGAUAUAAAAGUCCCCUGGAUGCCCUAAAGGACCAAGAAAGAAUGAGUUACUACGGAAGUAGCUACCGAAUCGUCAAUGUGGACUCCAAAUAUCCAGGCUAUCCCCCAGAGCAUGCUGUAGCUGAGAAAAGAAGAGCGAGGAGGCGCCUGCUCCACAAAGAUGGAAGCUGUAAUGUGUACUUUAAACACAUUUUCGGAGAAUGGGGGAGCUACAUGGCAGACAUUUUCACCACUCUUGUGGAUACCAAGUGGCGCCAUAUGUUUGUAAUAUUUUCUUUGUCUUACAUUCUCUCCUGGUUGAUAUUUGGCUCCAUAUUUUGGCUCAUAGCCUUUCAUCACGGAGACCUAUUAAAUGACCCAGACAUCACGCCUUGUGUUGACAAUGUGCAUUCAUUUACGGCAGCGUUUUUAUUCUCUCUUGAGACCCAAACCACCAUAGGGUACGGUUACCGCUGUGUCACAGAAGAAUGCUCUGUGGCCGUGCUGACAGUGAUCCUUCAGUCCAUCUUAAGUUGCAUCAUAAAUACCUUCAUCAUUGGAGCAGCCUUGGCAAAGAUGGCAACUGCCCGGAAGAGAGCCCAGACCAUCCGCUUCAGCUAUUUCGCCCUCAUCGGUAUGAGAGAUGGGAAGCUUUGCCUCAUGUGGCGCAUAGGAGACUUCCGACCAAACCAUGUGGUUGAGGGCACAGUGAGAGCCCAGCUUCUCCGCUAUUCAGAAGACAGUGAAGGGCGGAUGACUAUGGCAUUUAAAGAUCUCAAGCUCGUCAAUGACCAGAUAAUCCUCGUAACCCCAGUGACAAUCGUCCACGAAAUUGACCAUGAGAGUCCUCUGUAUGCCCUUGACCGCAAGGCAGUAGCCAAAGAUAAUUUUGAGAUUUUGGUGACAUUUAUCUAUACUGGUGAUUCUACUGGGACAUCCCACCAAUCCAGAAGUUCCUACGUCCCCAGAGAAAUUCUCUGGGGCCAUAGGUUUAAUGACGUGUUGGAAGUGAAGAGAAAGUACUACAAGGUGAACUGCUUGCAGUUUGAAGGAAGCGUGGAGGUCUAUGCGCCCUUUUGCAGUGCCAAACAGCUGGACUGGAAAGAUCAACAACUCAACAACCUGGAGAAAACAUCCCCUGCACGGGGAUCCUGCACCUCAGACACCAAUGUCAGGAGGAGGUCAUUCAGCGCAGUAGCCAUUGUAAGCAGUUGUGAGAACCCAGAGGAGAGCACCACUUCCCCACCAGAUGAGGGCAAGGAAGUCCCUUACCAGAAAGCUCUCUUGACUUUAAACAGGAUCUCCAUGGAAUCCCAGAUGUAGCCCUCUUCUCUGCCUCUUACCUAAAGGCAUGAAGCUGUAAGGCAUGAUUUUUAACAAAAUGUUAGGUCUGUUCUUUGCAGCAGGAACAGAAAGUAGAGCAGGUGAGGCUUGGUAAGUCAUCGUCUGAAAAUUCUGUAGUUUUCUAAUAUUAAAAUUUGGCUUUGGUAGCAAAGUUUGUAUUGGGAAAAUCAAUUAAGAAGCUUAAUUGAUUACAAUUGGUCUCAGGAUUGCAUACACUUGCGUCUUCUCCUGAAGGUGAAAUAUUUAGGAGUGGGAGAAAAGAGGCUGAUAGAAUAAAAAAUAGAGAAACAAGUAAGCUAAAUAUUGAUAUUUAUAAAUUAAUUAUGGAAUAGAAACUUAUCACAAUAUUUCUUCACCUAAGCACCACAGAUGAGAUAUGCCUCAGCUCAGAAACAUUGAGACAAGUAAGCAAAAUCAAGCGUGGUCUGAGUUACCAUAUUUGUCUCUCAUAAAUUGACAAUGCCAUCAAGUCACAGAUUCCUUUACUUGCCUAAAUUGUUACUACUGAGUGCAGAACCAUGUGCCAGAAGAAAAGGGGACAUCAAUACUUAAAGAAGUAUUUCUCUCUUAAAUACCUUGGUUCAACCAAACAAAUGGGGGACAGAAGUGAGGCAGGCCCUGCGUGUGUGCUCCAUGGAGAAGUCUCUUGUGCUCACACUCCCACUGUCCUUAAGCAUUUAUGGAAAGGCAAGAACACAGGGGCUGGAUGCAGGAGUGAGUGACAGCUGUAUGUAUCCUCAGACCUGUGGAGAAUAGAUGCUCUUGGCUGCUGGUCCGGAGAGGCUACCGUGUGGGCUGAGAGAAAUUCAAAGAGAUAAAGCCCUUCCUGAAGGCAGGAGCCAGUGUGUGUGUGUGCGUGUGUUGGCUUGAGAUUUGGGGUAUGAACACUCUUGUGAAACAUUGUAAUGAAGUUGAUUUGAUUGUGUACUAGGGAGAUAAACUGAAUAUUAUAGGAAUGCCUAAAUUUUAGAACAGGAGAUAAAUGUGCAUUUUCUGUUUUCAUGUUAAGGGAUUAAGUUAAUUCCUGAUUAGUUGUAGCAUGAACCCGGUCUCAUACACUGUAAGCUUUAUAAACUGAAGAAUUGUCAGCUAUGGCUCAGCAUCAUUUCUGUAUUUUUUUCCACUGUUGCUAAGAAUGAAUAUAUGAUACAGCUGUUGUUUAAUUUAAACACACACACACAUUUUGCUUCUUCUGGUGAUCUCUUUCUCUUCUCCCCUUCUUCUUCUUACCCCCCCACUACACACACCCACACACACACACAGGCAUGCACGCAGACUUCCUUACUUAAAUUUAAUCUAAUAAAUAGAAUGAACUGAAUCACACAGUUCAAAAUUGCCAAGCUAAGUAAAACAAAUAGGUAUUUUCUGUCAGUUUCUUUUUUUCCUCCUGUCCCUUUCUUUCUUUGCCUCUCCCUGUUACCCAGGAUCAAUAUAAAAUACAGUGUACCUCUUCAAAUGCACAUGUGUAAAUAAAGCUUUCUUUGCUGCUGUUUCAUAAAUAAGAGAUCAGUUCAAGGGGGCAAGUUAAAAACCGCCUUGAAACACUAUCUGAGACCUAAGUCAUGUUUAACCUGCACUGCUCAGGAGUGGAGACUCUAUUAUCUAACCCAUACACCAUGUAUUUAUACACCCACACAUUCUUGCAUGCAUGUGCAAACAGAGAGAGAAAGAGAGAGAUACAGACAGAGACACACAGAGAGAAAGAGAGAGACAGAAAAAGAUAGAGGCACAUACAGAGAAUUUGGAUUUCAUAGCAGCAACUACUUGUCUAAAUUAGAAUAUUACUAUUUCCAAGCCUGAGAAUUAUCGGCAUAACACAGCUUUCCCCACCAAUCUGAAUUUGUCUCCCUAGAAGGCAGGUACAUUACAGUGCUCCCUUUGCAGUCCUCCCAUGGGGAUUGCCUUGACAAGAGCAUAGUGGGAGGGGAGCUGGAACCAUUCAUGUCUGAUUAAGCACAUUCUGGUGCGCUAUGUGUUCAAACACAGAGUGGAGUGUGUGGUUGGCAUUCAUGUGUCCCAUGCAUCUCUAAUCUUCUGUUCAGAUUUAUAAGAUGCUUUGAAAACCCCCAAUGACUUACUUAAUAAAGAUCAAAAUAGAGUGAUGCAAAA